CCGGAGAGAGGGCUCCUCCGGUGCGGACUUUUAGAUCCCUCUCACUCGUGGGAACUACAGGAACUGGAAAAACCUACAGUACAAAACAAAACACCGGGGGAACCUGCAAAGGAAGACCCCAAAAAUCAACUCAUGGGAAUUGAAGAGGGCUCUGAACCCUCUCCAAUUCCCAUAAACGAAGAGCUAGAAGACAAUCUUCUUGCGUCACCUUCUGCAGAUGUGGGGGGGUCUUCAGGAAAAAAACCAGAAGAUGAAACCACUCCAAUGGAGGUGACGGAGAAGAUUGAGGAACUACGUCUACAACCCCAAAGAAUAUCUGGGGCACAAAGACGCACAAUGGCCAUACACAGAGCCAAACAACGGGGGGAGCCUAUCCUAAAAAGAACCAGGAAAGCAAGACAAAACCCCAAUGUAAACCUCCGGACUCCGGCACCAGGGCAAACCACGGGAAGUGUUGACCCCAAAAAACCGGGGCCAACGCCAACCAAAAGUGGCAAAAGGGGCAGGUCACUGGGUAGCACCCCAUCAUCAAGUGGAAGUGCUCCUAGGACAUGCCCCAAAAAGAGCAAAACUGGGGGAGGCGGUGUGGAGCGGGUCAUCCACCCCAACAUGGUUGGGGGGGAGGACUCUGAGACAUACCAACAAGCCCUCAAGGCGCUUAAAAUGGCCGUGGUGUUGGAAGAAUACUCGGAAAAGGAACUACCAACCGAUCAGGGCAGGACCGUUCAGUGGGCCAUCCUGGCUGAGGUCUGGAAGAGCAAAAACUCCCAGGGACCUCAGUUCAGGAAUGGAUAUGUUGAGAAGGGAGCGGUCCUGAUAACUUGUGAAAAUCAAAGUGCCAAGGAUUGGCUCAUGGCAACGGUGCCUACCAUCCACCCAUGGGAAGGGGCAAACCUUAGGGUAGGCCCCUAUAGAGAAAUCAUUAAAACCACUAGGGUGGCCAUGUAGGUGCCAGACCCUGACCUUCUGGGCACUACGGACGCUACCACCAUUCUCGGGCUGAUGGAGUCCCAAAACCCAGGUAUUAAUACCGGGAAAUGGAGAGUCAUCAGCCAGAGGAUAGAAGACAAAGGAAAAAGUCUAAUCCUGGUGGUUGACAUUGACGAUGUAUCCUUUGGGAAUCUGAACAAAGCCAACUUAAAACUAUACCUUGGCUUUGCGAUGAUAAACCUAAGGGUCAUCAGAAAAGCAACCAACACUGAUGCUGAGGGUGCUUCAAGCAAACCUCCAGCACAGUAAGGCAGCAACACUUACGCUUUGUCGUGUGGUUAAGGAGAAAAACAUCGACAUAGCCCUUAUCCAAGAACCCUGGCUAGUAAAAGGCAGAGUAGCCGGGCUGGGAGAUAGGGGAAAAAGAGUCAUAUAUGACCACACGCAACAAAACGGACCAAACAGCAAUUAGGCUAAAGGCGGGUCCAGACGGGUGUAACGUGUAAUGCAAGAUUACGUGUAAUUUAGAGUGAACAGUGUGGAUGGCAAACGAAGUGAACGCGAAUCAUGUAACGCAAAUCUUGAAGAGGGGGCUGUUCCACUCAGUUGCUACGAACAUGGUAUAAACCAAUAAGUUCAAGCGACUGUUCGUCACUCCACAUCAUGAACGUCCACACUACACAACUGCCACGAACGCCGUCCAAACGAGAACUGCGAGCGCCUUUGUGUUCGCACAAAAAACCUACACCCUGAUGGAUCCGGUCGAAAGGUUGGGCGAGCGUUACAUGUAAUGCUCGUAGUAGCGUCCACACAAAGAAUUCGCCUUGCAUUACGCGUUACGUUACGUGUUACAUUACACUCGUCUGGACCCGGCUUAAACUACAUGAAGGAAGGAGUUAAGAUGGACGUGAUGAUAGCCUCAACAUACAUGCCUUAUGACUCACCAGGACCUCCAUCACCAAUAGAAACUGAGGAUCUGGUACAGUACUGCAGGCAUAAAAACCUACAGUUGAUUAUUGGCACUGAUGCAAACUCACACAAUGAGGUAUGGAACAGCACAAACACUAACAAAAGAGGUGAGAAGCUUUUAGAAUUCUUAAUAACUAAUAAUUUAAGUAUUAUUAACAAAGGCUUUGAACCAACUUUUGUAACUAACAGACGGCAGGAAGUUAUUGACGUUACUCUUGCCACCCGCUGUAUUUUAAACCAGAUAGUGAAUUGGGCGGGCUCUGAGGAGAUAUCUAACUCAGACCAACACAUAUACAUGGAAAUCACACAAGUUGAUAAGACAUGUAAAGUGGGUCAGAACCCCUGAAACACGGACAGGGGGAAGUACAGCGGGUUGCUGGAGAAAGGUACACUAACUACAAUGGCUAGUAUUAAAAGCACCCUAGAUAUUGAGCUAACUUCUACACAAAUAUUAAGAAGCUAUAAUAAACUCAUAUCAUGAAGCCUGCCUACAAACCACCUACAACAACGGGAAAAAAGUUUGCUGGUGGAAUGAUAACCUGGCGGCACUAAGAAAGAAAACUCACAAACUUUGGAAUAGAGCGAAAAAAAUGGGAAAUACUGAAGAAUACAGUAAAACCCUAACAGAAUACAAUAGGGAGAUAAAAAAAGCGAAACAGGAAUCGUGGAGGAAAUAUUGCAAGGAAAUCGAAAACAUCACUGAGGCAAGUAAACUCCACAAAAUCCUUGCCAAAGAUCCUAUAAAUCCCAUCGGAACACCCCAUUGGAAAAAA